GAAAGUUGUUGGUACUCAAUACUCAAAAGGAGAUUCUGAAGAAGCUAAGCGACUCCAAUAUAUAGAUCAACUGAGGCAAAUACUUUACCGGGAUAAGUAUAGGCUGAACAACAAUGUGCAAAUGACAUGAUGGUAACAGAAAUUAGUUAUGUUAUUAGUAGUGGGAUGUCCUGACCUCUGUGUAUCCUUGCUGUUCAUCUAUUUUCUUUAACAAAAACUCCCUUUUGUUUGUUUAUUAAAGAAUGUGUUUUGCUAUUAUACAACAUUCUUACUUUUGUCAUUUACCUGACUAUACUGUUGUUCCUGGGCACAACUCUGCACAAUCUGUGUUUUUAUCAAUGUAAGUAAUGCAAAAAUUUUUUUUGUUGUUUUAUACUGAUGGAUGUAUUUUAAUCUCUAAGCACAGCCCGUACUUUUGGGUUGUCAUUCCUUCCCUUCAGUUAUAUGCCUACCGUUUUCAGCUGUAAGUACUUCUAAUAAAGUUUUAACGUAUCCUAAGAAGGAAAUUACCACUGAUUUGAUUAUGCUACUGGACAUCCCCAAUGCACAAUGCAUCAGAUUCCAAUUUUGGAGGUAUGGUGCCUGUCAAAUAUCUUCAGGUAAUUAUUAUCCUCCUCAGCAACGAUUUGGCUUUGAGAAUUGCUAUUUAUUAUCAUUUACCAAAUUUAAAAACAGUAAAUUACACCUAUGACUUUUUUAAGGAUACUAAUUAUAAUAGUUGUGUUAGUAAUUACACUCAUUUAAUGUUAUUUGCACCUCUAAUUAAUGUAAAUUUUAAUAUUCUUAUAUGAAAGUAAUUAGUGGAAAACUUUUGUAAUAAUUAUAAUACUAUUAAUUAGAAUGGUAUUAAUUAGUAUAUUAAUUGUAUGGCCUCUUUUGGUAUGUACAAUGAGGUAGACCAUCUCAAGUAAUUAUUACUCUGUAAAAUCUAAGUCUGUAAAAUUUUACUCUCAUGAUCUCAUCCACCUGUUAAGAACUUAAUCUGAUGACUCAUUAGUGCGCCCUGAUUCGUGGGGCGCGCGCUCCAGAUUAUUACCAAAUCGCCUCGGUGCGCUCCUAACAACACGGGCUUUGCCUACAAUGGACUCUGGGAUGUUCGACCUGAUGAGUUAAAUCUUUUUGUGGAUCAUUAUCACUUUUUUGCAUGUAUCAACUGUUGCAAUCUUUAGCUUUUCUGAGACCCUUAUAUUUUCCUAUAUGAUUUUGGGACUAGAACUUGUCAACUAUAGUGAUGUUGCUAAUGGGGCUAUGUAUAAUCUAUUUUCAGAUGCUUUUUGGACAACAAAAUCGUAAGAGCUGGUCACAAACUGACAGAGUGCUUUUGCUUAUGGAAAUGCUGAAAAAAUCACCUGCAUUGUUGAUCAGCCGUUGAAUCCAAACCCCUAAGAAACCUGGAAAAGCAGCAAAACAGAAGACCCAAAGACAAGUUAAAGAUACAAAACAAAGUUAUGCUGAGUGCUCUUUCUGACCCUCUUAAUAUAAUAAAUAUGGAGUGCAAUAAAGAUGAAGCAACCCGGGCAAAGUCAAUUGCUGAGAGCAUGAUAGAGCAGAUGGAUUAUCUCGGUGCAAAGAAGUUAGCGCUGAAAGCUCAAGCUUUAUAUCCAGAGCUUUAUGGUAUUACACAGCUGCUGACAACCUUGGAUGUGUAUCUAUCUGGGGAGAAGAUAGAUGGGGAAGUAGAUUGGUAUCGAGUGCUAUGUGUGAACCCUUCAGAUGAUCACGAUACCAUAAAAAAGCAGUUCAGGAAGCUUGCACUAAAGCUGCACCCUGAUAAAAAUUCUUCUGUUGGGGCAGAUGGCGCGUUUAGACUCAUUUCAGAAGCCUGGAAUCUGCUAUCCGAUGAAGAAAAUAGGGUGGCGUAUAACCAAAGGAGGGGAUAUGGGGGAGUCCAAAAGACUGUCCUAACACAUACUGGUGGUUCAUCAGCACCGAGCGGGGCAUGGAAUUCUGCACAUACUCGCCCAAGUCGACAGAGUGUUCCAUCAGCUUCACCCCGGAAAAGUAAAAAGAAAGUUCCAGGACACACUGGUGGUCCAUCAGCUGCAGCACAUACUGCUGGUCCUUCUAGUUCAAUUUCUACCCGGAAGUUGCGGAGUAAAAUUACAAAGAAGGCCAGGACCCGAAGAUCCGAUACCUUUUGGACUCUCUGCCGUGGAUGCAAUGUCCAUUUUGAGUAUCUUAAGGUGUAUGGCAACCUUACUCUUCUUUGUCGCAUCUGUGAUAAGCCGUUUAUGUCUUUGGAGAUAGCAACGCCGGUAUUUUCCAAAUCAGCCCAACCGAUUCCUUGGGUUCGACGGGAGCAAUCAAACACAAGUUUUCCUGUUCAAAAUGCUUGUGAUCCUAAUGGAAAUGCUGCAGCUGCUCCAGGAGCAGGCCAAACCGGUCCUAGUUCUUUCGUGUAUACAAACUAUCAGCAUGGACCUUUUCCUGAAACGGCUUAUACUGGUCAAAAUGCUUUUGAUCUCAACAGAAAUGCUGCUGCUGCUCAAAACCCAGGAGCUGGUCAGACCGGUCCCAGUUCUUUCGCGUAUUCAAAUUAUCAGCACGGACCCGCUCCUGAAAUGGCUUAUACCGGUCAAAAUGCUUUUGAUCCUUGUGGAAAUGUUGCAGCUGCUCAAAACCCAGGAGCAGGCCAAACCGGUCCUAGUUCUUUCGAGUAUACAGACUAUCAACAAGGAUUUCAGCCUUUUACCGGUCCCAGCUCCAAUUCUUUCGUGUAUACAGACUAUCAGCCUGGACCAGAGGCGGACCCACGUUCGGGCAUGGGGGGGCCUUGGGGCUAGUAACCUGGACGUCGAAGGCUCGAAACCUUCGCCGAACAUUUGUUGUUUUCCUUGAUAUUGUUCUUUUUUUGGAUUUGCUCACAUAGCUAGACAUCUAAACAAAUUCAUUUGUUCAUUAAUUAAUUAAUGUUUUUUUAUGUUCUCAUAGUAAUAAAUUAUUUUAUAGCUGCA